UUCGGUAAAGAAGAGGUAGAAGCAGCUAGCAAGUGAGAAUUGUUUCCUAACAUUUGAGGCCGAGAAGGAUUCUCGUUUGUAAAACACUGAACUGAGAUGUCACCGUUGUUCCGUUAUAGCCGUUGGCUUUCGAGCUUCAAAAACCCGCAAUCCCAAAAGAAGCAACUUCUGGCAUUCUCCGCCUUCUCCUCCGAAGCAGCCAAUGAGAAACCCAGACCUCCUCCGAUCCGUGUCGGACUUACUGAGUCGGCGGGUCGAGGCGUGUUCGCUACCCGAAGAAUCGGUGCCGGAGACCUCAUACACACUGCCAAACCGAUUGUGGCUCACCCUUCUCUGUCUGGUAUUAAUACUGUCUGUUAUUUUUGCCUCAAGAAGCUGAAUUUAACGGAUUUUAAAAGCCAUAGCGUUGCAUUUUGCAGUUCAGAAUGCGAAGUGAAUGCCAAGGUGUUUUAUGAUGUAGAGACAAAAGAAGAUUGGCAAGCUUUUGAUGACUAUUGCCGGACCCAAGGUCUAAAGUAUCCACUUCUGGUAAAACGGUUGGCUUGUAUGGUUAUAUCUGGAGCUGCAUCUGCUGAAAGUCUUGACAUACUUCUACCAGCUAGUUUAUCUCGUGAUAUGAUUUUAGAGAUGGAAGAAGGCUUUGGUUUGCUGAGGAGUGGCUUUGUUAAGGCAAAUAUUGCAGAUGAACUGAUAGCAUUCUUAACCAAGCAAUGGUACAUUAAUAUGCUGGCACGCAUUCGUAUCAAUGCAUUUCGUAUUGAAUUGGCUGUAGGAUUACAUGAAGAUCUUUUGUCAUCAGCUGCUGCCUGUAUAGAGGCUGAAGUUGCUGUUGGAAAUGCUGUUUAUAUGCUUCCAUCCUUUUACAAUCACGACUGUGAUCCUAAUACACACAUUAUAUGGAUAGAGAAUGCAGAUGCAAGAUUGAAGGCCCUUCGAGAUAUUGAAGCGGAUGAAGAGCUCCGGAUCUGCUAUAUAGAUGCUAGUAUGGAUCAUGAUGCUCGGCAAACUAUCUUGCUUCAAGGGUUUGGUUUUGAGUGCAAUUGCCUUCGGUGUAAGUCGGGAGAUUAAUUGUUUUGAUUAUGUUUGUUGUAUUCCUUCAUUUAUUCUCAGAAAAGGAAAAGCGAACAAUUUCAAGCAGCAUCUGCUUGUUUGGUUCCACAGUUCUACUGUCUCCCUCUCACCCUGUAAUGUAAUGUUCAAAUAGGAUUAGAAUGAAAAAUUUAUAUUGUCUUUUCAUUAGUAGUUGAUUUUUUUUAUUUAGUUUAGGAUUUAUAUUGUAAUUUUUGUAUUUAGCUUAGAAUUAUUGUGUCUCUAUAUAUGGUUGUGGAUGUGAUGUAUGGAAAUGGUUUAAGACUAGCAUUUGUGUAAAAAAGGUAAAUAAUAAUAAUAAUAAUGGAAAAGGAAGAAGUACUCCUACAACAAUUAGGGAAUCGUGGCUCCAGUUAUGGUUAGAGGUUUGCUUAAAAACUGAAA